CCUACCUACCUUACCUACCUACCUAAGGUAGGUGGUACCUACUUGCGCUUUCCUACCAUACUUCCUACCACAAGGUACAGCCGUGCUUUCCUCGAGAGGGUAGCUUCUCCGCAUCACCAAGCCAACCUGCCCACAUCCAGCCCAAUACCACCUCCAGACCACUAUCUCAAUUGAAGAUCUUUGCCAUUCUCAACACAGGCAGGCCGGUCAUUAUCACGUCGCUAUUUUGCGCAGUCACACCAAUCGCUGUCUGAGGCAAGCGUGGAUUUAAGAGCCUGUUCCAGGCAGCAUUCUGCAUCCGUACAAAUUUCUUCCUCUAGUCAACUGCCGUCCAUAAGAAAAAAGAUAACGGGUAGUCCACCUUCACAAUGCGGUCGUCAUUUGGCGAUGGCAACACCAGCGUGUUUGCUGGGCCGACCAAGAAAAUGGCAUUUGCAAAGUCUCAUAUCGAGAUUCAUCUCCAUAACCACUUCCGGUCCAUGGUCUACAACACGGGAUCUCCAAUCCAAGGCGAGCUGGUGAUCAAGACGCAGCGGGAUACACCGUUCGACAGCGUGCAAAUCCUCCUCCUUGGGCUGACCAGGACGAAAUUUGAGGAUGUUGGCUCCCCGCACGUUACGACAAACACCCUCCUCAGGCUGGAGAUGCCGGUCCCAGAGUCGACUUACCCCACGCCAAGGAUCUUGGAGGCUGGUCGCACCUAUAAGAUUCCCUUCAACUUUGUCGUCCCCAGCCACCUGACAUUGAACGCCUGCGAGCACAGGGUGGAAGCCAAUCAUGUGCGAGAGUACCAUCUGGCGUUGCCGCCGACCAUGGGUUUCUGGGAGAGGGAUGACCUUUCUCCAGAUAUGGCUCAGGUUGAAUACUUGAUCAAGGCCAGGGUGCUGCGCCAUGCUGAUGUUGACGAUAACAUCAGGGCCUUGGUGGCCAGGGAGCAAAUCAAGAUCCUGCCGACUUUUCUGGAGCAGCCCCCGUUGAACGCUGAGCAUUUGGCAAACUUUUACCGACUCUCAAAGUCAAAGACGCUUCGCAAGAACCUACUGUCGCACAAGAUCGGCAGUAUCACAGCCUCGGCAAAACAGCCCAAUGCCAUAUUCCUCUACCCCGACGCGCUAGGAACGACUGAGACAGUGGUCAAUGUGAAGCUGGUAUUUGAGCCUGCAACAGCUGAUGCGAUUCCACCUCAGGUCACCGGGGUUUCGGGCAAGAUCCUGGCGCACACAUUUUAUAGCUCAGGAGCCAUGACGAACCUGCCAGACCGCAUCCCCGAGCUCUCGAGGAGGUUCUUGACGAACAGGCAGCUCAGCUACACGGCCACCGUACCGCUCUUCUCUGACCGAACGCAGUUCAAGACAUCAUGGACUGCGCAGUUGAGGAACACAGAGAGGCGAGACUCUGGCUACUCAUCCUCUGACCUGCAAGACUCCAAAGCGCAGGAGAGGUUUGCGUCACCCAUUUACCACUCUAGCGAGGUCCCUGUGCCCAUCCGGCUACCUAGCGCAGGGAGUGCCAGGGGCGGUGGCAAGACCUUCAUUCCGUCGUUUGCGAGCUGCAUCACCUCGCGCACCUACUCUCUCCAAAUCUCCUUGACUGUCGGCGGAUCCAACUCGGGGUCAACGACGCUGGCCUUGUCUCUCCCGCUGCAGAUCGCGGCCAUUGCUGGCGUCGAGUCUCCGAGACCUGAGGUGCUGCCGGACUUUGAGACGGCCAUGGAGGAUGCUGAAGUCGAGUCGAUGUUGAGGCCGCGAGCGAUGACGCUCCCAGAUCUAAGGUAUUCUGGGAACAGUGAGCUUCCCGGAUAUGCCUGAAUUGGAUGAGUCCAAAACGAGAUGACACGACAGAUGAGAUGCUUUCUUGUUAUUUUUUUCGGUUACUUUGAUUUUCUAGCCUGUUUUCUUCCCUACGUGAAAGGGGUCGAGAUUGUUUGACAUGAUACCCUUUUGUUUUCUUAUUUCAGCUUUUUUUUGUUUUCUGCCUUUUGCUUUCGGGAUUUCUUCAUUUGUACAUCAGGAAAAUGCAUAUGACGAAGCAUCUUGCUGUAUGUAUAGACUAUCAUCUGGUCACUGCCAGUGAAUAUGUGCCUAGAUAGCUAGCUAAAAUGAUGUUUAUUAGCAGCAGCAACCAAGUGUUACAAUGGGCCUGUGAUAUUCUACCCACAAUACAUCCAAUCUAAUACAUCUUGUGGCUAGGAAUA